AUUUCGCCAAGUAAUGCUGUCAACGUCAUAAAAUGAAUGGCUGAAGAGUUUUCUAAGUCCGUUUAGUUUUACAAUUUCUAUUUCACUUCGCGCUUCACUAAAGUUGUGUUUAGUAUUUUGCUGAUUUAAAACUAACUCAAAAUGUGUAAAUUUAGUGUGUUUUAUUUAUUACUUGUAGCGGCUGUGCUGCAAAUCACCUGCGCACUCAAAGAAGGCGAAUGUGAGGUUUGCAUUAAAACAGUUGAGAAAUUCGCAGCCACGUUAUCAGAUGACGUUAAAAAAGACACAAAACGGAUCGAAGCAGAAUUCAAAAAGUUCUGUAAAGGUACUAAGAAUAAGGAGAAUCGGUUCUGUUACUACUUAGGCGGGCUAGAAGAGUCCGCGACCGGCAUACUGGGGGAGCUGUCGAAACCUCUCAGCUGGUCAAUGCCCGCCGAUAAAAUCUGCGAGAAACUGAAGAAGAAAGACGCACAAAUUUGUGAUCUUCGCUUCGAUAAGCAAAUUGACCUGAAGAACGUUGAUCUCAAGAAGCUAAAGGUACGGGAUCUAAAAAAGAUCUUGAACGAUUGGGAUGAGGUUUGCGACGGCUGCAUUGAGAAGACUGACUUCAUCAAGAGGAUAGAGGAGCUGAAACCAAAAUAUAUGGGUCGAUCUGAUUUGUAAUAGGAUGUGCUAACUCUUAGAGUAAUUAAUAAACAAAUUGUGUACAUGUGAUACUUCCACUGAGUGGAGUAAGUUGCAGUGUAUAAUAAAUUAAUUAUUAUAAAUUAUUAUUUGAUAUGAUUCUGAGAGUGUUCUCAUGUAUGAUGUAUGUAUGCAUUUACAGUAGAAUAAAUGAUUACUGUGAUUAAGUAAAUAUUUUUUCCAAA